CUUCUAAUGUGAACCAGCGCACGCCGAAUCUACACAGUUACACGGAGACAACAACAGAAACUGGCUCGCAUCUUGUUAAUAUUAAUUGACAAUUAAGAUAUGUUAAAUUCUUAAGUGUGAUAAUUAUCUAAAAGCAUAUCUUUGUUGCCAUAAACCCCGCUUGCUGCAGUUUCCUCAUCUUUUGUGUUUGUUAGCCGCUUUUACUAGGCUACAUAUACCCGGGACACCCUGGUGUAAAACAAAUAGCGCAUCCGAAGUCGGCGUUGAUUUUGGCAACAAAUAGUUUUACUUGUCUUCGGAAUAUUGCCCUUUCUCUUACUUUAUUGUUAUUAUGAUAAAUUUUGCGGCUUCGUAAUGCAUUUAUAAUUUUUCCCCUCUUUUUCGUCGCUAAGAAUUUAUCGAUUUCUAUCUUAUGCUGCUGACCUUGCCUACUCGCAACAGCUAGCCACCGUUAGCUCAGUGCUAGCCUCAGCUAACUGUUUACUCAGUGCUAACUUUUCUCCUUCAUGCUUUUUUCUGUGUUUUUGGCUCAUUCAUGAUGGAGGACGAAACGUUCACGGACAUCAGCGGUAAAACUAUAUCUCUGGACUGUCAGAGUCACUCCAGCUUCUGCCGGGAGUUCACUGUCAGCUCCCCCAAAGUGUCCAUCGGCAAGGUGAUGGUGUACACCUGCUCAGUGUGGCUGCUGGCGUACGCGGUGUUCUUCAUCACACAGAACACAGCUGUUCUGUCGAGCGCCAUCCUCAUCACCCUCGUCGGGAUGAUGUUCCACAUCCACUUUGUGAAGGUGGACCACGAGUCACUCCUCAUCAUUGGUUCUUUAGGGAUCCAGGUGUCGUCCAGCUACGCUUCGGGCCGCGAGAUCACCACUUUCAUAGAGAUGAGCAAGAUCAAAGAUAUCGUCAUCAAUGAAGCUAUUUACAUGCAUCAGAUCAUCUACUACCUUUGUGUCCUACUGAAGGAUCCUUCAGAACCGAACGCGGUGUCCAGUGUUGUUCCGUUAUUUCAGAGUUCAAAGCCGAGGCUCAACUGUUUGGUGAAAGUUUACAAAAGCUGUCAGGAGAUUCUUUCAAAGAGCCAGUGACGCACAACUCAUAGCUAGGCAACAUUUUUACUUUUUACUUCUACUUUUUAUGUCUGCUUUCUAUGUUUAUUUUGGUAAUGGUUUGUUUGGUUCAUACAUUUUUCAAUAUUUUCCCCUUUUUACACUGUUGUGAUUACACACUUCAAGUAGGGCUGCACAGUAUUAAAACUGUUACUGUGGUGUUUUGUUUUUCUGCAGUAUAUGCUGUCAUGUGAGCAAAAUGCAGGAAAUUUCAGCAGGUGACUUGAGUAAUUUAAUUUUAAAACAAUCAUUCCAGAAAGAUUGUGAUUGUGAUUUGUGGGGGAGUGCAUCGGUAUGGAGGAAAAAAAAAAAAAAAAGAAAUGCAGAAAAAGCUAUUUGGGAGCUAUUUUAGGAUGACACUGACGGAGGCAUAUGAAAUACUGUUUUAGCUUCGGAUGGCUUCGUACUCGUUAUACAGGCCUUUUUGCUGCUGAUUUAAAUGGUCAAACUACUCACUUGUGUUGCCUCGUUUGGUGCCAAAAAUUGGAAGACACUGCCGACAGAGUUUCUCAUUUCAUCAGCGUCAUCAUUUCUGUAGCCAAAAUGUUUUCAUACAACCGACAUUGUUUGUUUUUUGCAACUAAACUGACCUUUUCAGUGUUUUUUUCUCCUGUUUAUAAUGCAUCUUGCUGGAGCCUGCACAUAAAAAACAUGCAGUGCAUCCAGGAACCCUUAAAUUAGAGCAAGAAAAGAAGCUGUAGCAUCAUGUUUGAGUCCUGACAUGAAGUAAAUACUGAGGAAAGGACCCAUAAUAGUGUUGAAAUGUUGUACUUAGUUGUGAAGUUGCUUCAGUAGUUUAUGCAAAAUAGGACUGGUUCCCUUUCUGCUGCCACAUGUUGCCCCUGGGGCAUCUACAGGCCUGAUGUGAGCUUCCAUUAUUUUGCAAAUGAUAUUCAGUUGCAUUUGUUCUUUAAUUUCCUCAGAUUUUUAUCAAAAGAACACACAUGGUUCUGAGCGUCCUGCAGCUAAAUAUUGAGGAGACUGAGGUCAUAGUCAUUGGUGUUGGCACAGUUAAUGCUUUCAAACAUCUACAUUAUCUGUCAGAAAAACUGUAAAAUCCUCAGUGUCGCCUAUGAUAGCAGUUUCAGCUUGAAAAACUCAGCUGUAUAGUUUGUUUUUCUGCCAACACAAUUACAGUUUGCCUGAAAUGUACACACGUGGACAAAAUUGUUGGUACCCCUCAGUUAAAGAAGGAAAAACCCACAAUUCUCACUGAAAUCACUUGAAACUCACAAAAGUAACAAUAAAUAAAAAUGUAUUGAAAAUUAAAUAAUCAAAAUCAGCCAUCACUUUUGAAUUGUUGAUUAACAUAAUUAUUUAAAAAACAAACUAAUGAAAUAGGGCUGGACAAAAAUGAUGGUACCCAUAACUUAAUAUUUUGUUGCACAACCUUUUGAGGCAAUCACUGCAAUUAAACGAUUUCUGUAUUUGUCAAUGAGCGUUCUGCAGCUGUCAACAGGUUUUUUUUCCCACUCCUCAUGAGCAAACAGCUCCAGUUGUCUCAGGUUUGAUGGGUGUCUUCUCCAAAUGGCAUGUUUCAGCUCCUUCCACAUAUGUUCAAUGGGAUUCAGAUCUGGGCUCAUAGAAGGCCACUUUAGAAUAGUCCAACGCUUUUCUCUCAGCCAUUCUUGGGUGUUUUUGGCUGUGUGUUUUGGAUGGUUGUCCUGUUGGAAGACCCAUGACCUGCGACUGAGACCAAGCUUUCUGACACUAGGCAGCACAUUUCUCUCCAGAAUGCCUUGAUAGUCUUCAGAUUUCAUCGUACCUUGCACACUUUCAAGACACCCUGUGCCAGAUGCAGCAAAGCAGCCCCAAAACAUUACUGAGCCUCCUCCAUGUUUCACCGUAGGGACAGUGCUCUUUUCUUCGUAUGCUUGGUUUUUGAGUCUAUGAACAUAGAGUUGAUGUGCCUUACCAAAAAGCUCCAGUUUGGUCUCAUCUGUCCAAAGGACAUUCUCCCAGAAGCUUUGUGGCUUGUCAACAUGCAUUUUUGCAAAUUCCAGUCUGGCUUUUUUAUGAGUUUUUUUCAGCAGUGGUGUCCUCCUUGGUCGUCUCCCAUGAAGUCCACUUUGGCUCAAACAACGACGAAUGGUGCGAUCUGACACUGAUGUACCUUGGCCUUGGAGUUCACCUUUAAUUUCUUUGGAGGUUGCUCUGGGCUCUUUGGAUACAAUUGGAACGAUCCGUCUCUUCAAUUUGUCAUCAAUUUUCCUCUUGCGGCCACGUCCAGGGAGGUUGGCUACUGUCCCGUGGGUCUUGAACUUCUGAAUAAUAUGAGCCACUGUUGUCACAGGAACUUCAAGCUGUUUAGAGAUGGUCUUAUAGCCUUUACCUUUAAGAUGUUUGUCUAUAAUUUUUUUUCGGAUGUCCUGGGACAAUUCUCUCCUUCGCUUUCUGUUGUCCAUGUUCAGUGUGGUAUACACCUUUUCACCAAACAGCAGGGUGACUACUUGUCUCCCUUUAAAUAGGCAGACUGACUGAUUAUGAGUUUGGAAACACCUGUGAUGUCAAUUAAAUGACACACCUGAGUUAAUCAUGUCACUCUGGUCAAAUAGUUUUCAAUCUUUUAUAGAGGUACCAUCAUUUUUGUCCAGGCCUGUUUCAUUAGUUUGUUUUUUUAAAUAAUGAUGUUAAUCAACAAUUCAAAAGUAAUGGCUGUUUUUGAUUAUUUAAUUUUCAAUAAUUUUUUAUUUAUUGUUACUUUUGUGAGUUUCAAGUGAUUUCAGUGAGAAUUGUGGGUUUUUCCUUCUUUAACUGAGGGGUACCAACAAUUUUGUCCACGUGUGUAGUCCAUAUUAAAGCACAUUGCUCCUGUUUUAGAUUCUUCAGUGCCUCCCAGUAAAUUUUAGAAUCAUUUUUCAGAUAUUUUUGGUAACUUCACAUAGUCUAAGCCAUUCCAUAAUCUAAUCCAGAAUGUAAUCAGGCUUUUUGUGUCUUUUGUUGUUGUUUUUUUUUAUUAUUAUUAUCUAUGGCAGCCUCUUUCUGAAACACCCUCUAGAACUCUUAAUCCUCUUUUAAACCCCUCUUAAAUGCUUUGUCAGUCACUUGGAAACCGCUUUAAACUACAUUUGAUUUGUUUGAAGAGCCCGAUAUGACUACAAACUGAUUGAUUGAUUAAAAACACAGAAAUGCAUAUUCAAAGGGUUUUGUCAUCUGAAUCCCCUUUAAUCAUCUCAGCCACUUCUUAAAACAUACUUGAUACAAAAGCGUUCUCUCAACUCUUAUUUUUGCUCAUUGAUUGAAUUAUUUAAUAUUUAUUUGCUUAUUUUAAUCAUAAUAUGUACUCCAGCUUAUUUCUGUGCAACUUUAAAGCUACUGUUAAUUAGUUUUUAAUAUUGUUUGACUUAUAAAGCACUUUGUUACUAUAUUUUUGAUAAGUGCUGUUUAAAUAAAUAUGUAUUUCAACCCAAGGAGCCAACUUUUGAAGUGAUUCUGUGUUAACAAACAGAAAUACAAUGCAACAAUUGAGUUUAUUUAUGUGUGUAUUUAGAUUUUAAAUGAUUAUUAAUGCCAGUUGCUGUGUUUUAUAAUAAUCCAGACUGUGUUUAUGAUUAAAAAUCUACUUUGAUAUGGAGCAACAUGCUCUUGAAUUAUUUGCAUCAGCGUGUAGAGGAGCUGUAUUUAUUCUGCCCUGUAGGAGGCAGCAACACACUUCAUGAAUCUCAAUGAAUCAGUUCUUACCAGCACUUUAAACGAGACAAUUUGUUCUGUUCUUUUUGUCCAAAGUGUUAAUGAUAUAAGCUAACUGCUUUGAAUGUUCUCUCAAAGGAGGAAAAAAAAACCUUGAAGACAUAUAGAGUUGUGUGAGCUGUUUUUUUUUACUGUACAUAUUUAUAAAUAAACAUCAGCAUCUUCUUCCUCAAAUAUGAUUUUUACUUCCUCAUAACCACGCACACCUUCAUCUCUCAGAGGCAGUCGGCCACAUCUGUCAUGUUUCUGUUCAGACUCCAGACCUGUUUAUUUAGAAAAGUGAUUCAAGGUUACUAAAUGACAUCAAAGACACCUGCUGCUUCAGAAUGCUGCACGUUAUUUCCAGGUUAUCUGAAUUCCUUAAUAGAAAGUUCUGCAGAAUAUAUACAAUCCCCCCUUUAAUGCCAUUCUGGUCUUUAUAUCAUGCAGCAUAGCAAGUUGCAUAAGCACUUUUACAUACAGUUAAGCCACAAAUCAUGCCUAGCCAUGUCAAAUUUUGAUUUAUGGUGAGUUUUUAUUUGGCUAAGUGCUUUCAUUUGGCUGGAAAUGACUAAAACAAGUAACAAACGACUGAUAAAUUCUAACAUUUUUUAUGGUUUUAUUAACACAAUUUGCUUAAAGUGCUAUGUCCACUGGACCUUAAAAAAGAACAUUCAGACAUGGCGUUAUAGCCUUUAAAUGUCUUGUGAGCAGCCACAAUGUGCAACUGCCACAACUGUAUUAGGCAUUUUAUUUUAAGUUGUGGCUUGCAAUUGUCUAAUAACUGACUAUAGAGCUACUGCAUCAGCUGUUUUCAGUUUAUAGUGCAAUAAAAUGAUUGAGAUCCUGUUAAAAAAUGACCACAACCAGGUUAAAUUUGAUAUAAGCGGCCUUUUCUUUAAAAUAUAUGGCAAUUUUAUGGGUGUAAAACUGUUAAAAUUGAUUAUUAACGUCUCUGACACAAUGUCUUACUCUAUUUUGUCACUUCUUCAUGUAAAUUCCAGCCAAAAGAAAUCUGUUGGUAAUACAAAAAAAUCACUCUAAAUCAAAAUUUAGCUCAAUUUUGGUCAUUUUGGUUGUAUCCAACUUGCUAUCCUACAUGAUAACGACCAAAAUGACAGCAAUGCCCAUGAGUUCAGACCUCUAGCUUUGUUUUUCCAUGAAUUCCAGUUCUAACUGACUGUGUGCAAACUCCCCUCGGUCCUGUCUGUGAACUCCAGGUCAACAAAACAAGCAUCAGGGCGCGAUUUUCACGGGGCGAAGCGUAACGCCAAUGUGAAGAAUCGCCCCCUGACAGGUUAAUAAUGGCCCCUGCUGGAGGUGCGAAACAUUCAUAGGAGGAAAAACCUGGGAGCAACACCUCAGGGCCUCAGAACAGGCCUCGUAAAGCCGUAACCUCCCCGCUGAGUUAAGGUUUGUCAGAGCACAAACAGGCUUUCUUCAGCUGGAGGUGUGGACUCUUAAUUUCCCCUGUUUGUAGCAGCAGCUGUAAUCAUACCUCAACUUGUGGUAUUUCUGCAGCAUUUCUAUGGAUUUUGUGUACUUUGAAAGACUCCUUAAUACUGCUGAUACUUUUUCCUGUCAAUACUGUUAUUUAUUUAUCAACUGAAUACAGAUACAUUCAUGGUGCAUUCUCCAAAAUUCAUACAUUUUGUGGGUAUGAAUGAUUUUGGACAUUAGAUAUGGCUUUAUGGUAUUUUUCAUUUGUUUGUAUCAUCGCAGCUGAUGGAUUUGGAAACUGCUCUAAUAAUAACUUUUUAUAGCUUUCAGAUUUAGCACAUUGUACAUGUUUGGUUUAUAAAUGAAGUGUGUUUAGGCCUUUCAAAAUGUGGUAAAAUUCAUAAAAACAAGUACAGACCAUGAAAAACAAUCCAUGGAAAUUGUUUUCAUGACACACCCAGAGGUUGUGAGGUUGAUAAAAGGUACAUAAAUACACUUCUCUUACUUAGAGUUAGAUACAACAUCGCUCUUAUCUGUUAAAUACAAUAUCAGAUACAACAGCCAGCAGCUAUUUAAGUGAGAUUAUUAUUUUGUGCCUUUACAGCAAAUUAUAUAAGUCUCUGUGCAAUGUAUUUGUCAGAAUUUCUGCUCAAAAUAUUGCAAAGGUGGUUCAUUUCACCACAGCUGCUGGUUUUACGGCCAUUCUAAAUGGGCUGAAAACCAAUCUAUCAUUCCCACCCCCUUCAGGAAGAAAACUCUCUCUGCUUGUGUGAUUGAUUGCUGUAGCUGGAUGAUUACUGGUUAGUUAGGUGUUACAAAGCAUUUGGGUUGAAUUGUUACUGGCUUUAGGGGUUAUUGGGGUGAGGGGUGUCUUGUUUUACAGCUUUUAUUUCACACCUCCAAGUUUCUUACAACCACAAAACACAGAAAAUUCGUUUUCACCGCAGCGACUACCUAUACCAGCCUGUCUAAAACAUAUUUAAAACCCUUCCAGACAUUUUUUGUACAUUAAUCUGACAACAUUUGAUCAUGUCUUUCAUGUCUGAACGUGAAUCUGCUCACUUUUCUGUGAAAGUCAGAACAGUCAUUUUGCAAGGUUGGAGCAGGUAACAUUUCUACAUCACUUUCAGCACAGCACAAGUCUGAACUUAAUGCAGUCACAUUAACACAGAGACUUGCACAAGAUUGCGACACAUUUCAAGUAGUGUGAGGGAAUUUGAGGACGGUUGUUUCCAAUAUUUGUCCAAAAACACUUCAAAAUGCGAAAGACUCAGUUCAACACCUUUCUCAUUCACUUUCCUCUUCAACAAACUGAAAUGUAAAUACAAACUAAACUUUGCUAUGAUGAGAACAGAAUCUGUAGCAGGUCAUAUCAGUGAGGCCCAACAAUAAUUAAUAUAAUCCAGGUUUUGCAUAACAAGAGCUGAACUUUAGCUUGUUGCUUCCGGUUGUUUAAGUUUAAAGUGCUGCUAGGUUUUGUUACCUUCCCACCAAAGCAGGCUAGCAGUUUCCCUGUUUCUGGUAUUUAUGCUAAGCUAACCGAUUACUAGCUCUAGCUACAUGUUCCUCUCUGGUGGAAAGUAACUACUGUAAGUACAUUUACUGUACUUUAGCAGAAUUUUAAGGUAUUAGAACUUUACUUAAGUAUCUCCAAGUUACAGAGCUGCCAACUUGUGACCAGACUUUAGAGUGAGAUUUGGUUUGUGUGGGAUGCUAUGGGGGUCUAGGGGUCCUCCCCCAGAAAAUUUUGAAAAUUAUUGAUCCUAUUUCCUGUAUUCUGGUGUAAUUUAAGAGUAUUUUGCCUGUUAAAAAUCUUAUUAUAGAGAUAAAAUUAAGGGAUAAUAAAAAAACAUUGAGCUUAAACAAAAUCAGAAAAAAACAGAGCAAGGGCAGGCGGUGUUGAAAAUGGUUCUUCAUGUAAAAUAUGGAUGAAAGUUCUGUGGCUGGAUGUGUACAACACAUUUCAGUAUUUUCCAUAAAUAUAUGCAUAAUUGAAAUAACUCCAGCAACCACUUUGUAAGAUUUGUCUUGGAGGAUUCUAAUGCACACACUCAACAAACUUACUCUUUCAAAUAAAUAGCCUCCUAACCCUCUGGAAACCAGUGUUUGUCCUGUUUUUGUGUCACUCCUCGGCGACCCCAAACAGCCAGUCGUAAUGUAUUUUAAACAACAACACACCAUACUAUGAUGUUUUUACAGUGAAGGUUCUACUAUGGAACCAGUUUGACAUGUUCAGGCGUUCUAUGUGUGAAAACUCAGAGAUUUCAGGUAUCAGAAGGUGGUUUUCAACUUUCUUUGUUAACUUUCUGCUAAAUUUACUUCACUAAGCCAGCCCUCUGGACUUCCAGUAAGCUGUGUUCCUAUUGGCUGUCCAGUUGGCUGCUUGGUGUUAUCAGGAACACCUGAGCAGCUCAGUGUCUUCCUGCUUUAUGUCUGCAGUGAAACAUUUCCUCUGCUUCUCUUCACUGAACCGGGUUUGGCUCCAAUGCUUUAGUUUGUUUUGUAGGUGUUGGCUUGCAGCUUCCAGCAGUAAAAUCCUUUUUAAUGUGUUUCUUGGUGAAUUUUAGGGCUUUGUACUGGAUAGUUGUCUUGGUAAAUGCAUAGACUGCAUAUAAAGUGAACGUAGCAUCUGGCUCCAGAAUUGAAGCCCACCCGGAAGUGUCAAAAACUUGCAAUAUCACUCCGUCCGCUAGGGUUGGCUCCAAAAAGCUUUUUCUCCAUAGACCCCAAUUCAUUUUUGGAAAAAAUAAAAUUUGAUAGACUGAUUUUCUACAGCUCAGGAUUUUUUCUUGUUAGUUUUCAUGGUCAGAAUGAGAGAUCAGGUGGCCGAUCUUAAAAUAAAUCAAUACUGAAUUUUAAAUAAAUCGUUCAAUUUGUCGGAGCCAGGGGGCGUGGCUAUACUUGAUAGACAGCAACAGAAGCCUCUGCGGUAAAAUGUGGGCAGGAUAAGACAGUCCUCAGCCAAUCCUGCCCCUAGUUGCUCUCCAGUCCAGUCUGUUUGACGCUUUUUACGUCACUGGCUCCAAAAAAUCCAAAACGGCGACCAGGAAGUAGCAAAAUCCGGGCUUCAUUUUCUCGGCGUUGAAACCAACGGGUGACGUCACGGUUAGUUCACGCCUGGGUAAAUGUGGUUCUUUUGCCACAGUUAGCACAUGGUGCUAACAUGUGCAGUGAUUAGCGGAUUUCAUGCAGCUGAGUUGUGUCUUUAUCUUGGCUGUUGUCUGUAUAUGGAGCCCUGGCGACCUGUCCAGGGUGUCCCCUACCUUCGCCCAAGUCAGCUGGGAUAGGCUCCAACCCCCCCACGACCCUAGUGAGGAUAAAGCAGUGUAUAGAAGAUGGAUGGAUAGGUGAAUUUCAAGACAAGGCUAGAAUUACAUGAUUUUAAUAGUAAUAGAUCGUGAUCUAAAGUGGUCCGGUUUAAGGCAUGAAAGUCCAGGGCUGAAAAUGAGUCCCACUCCGGGCCUGUGUGUAAGUUUUCUGAGAUAUGCUCUUUUGGAAUUUGGGGAACUGUACAUGAUGAUUCACCAUGUGGUCAUCUAGUUAUUAUAGUGACUCUAAUGACUAUUUUUUCUGUGAUACAUACAAACAAAUUCGCUGUCCCUUGACUUUAAAUAAAUCUGUGAAUGUUCCCAUCAUAGACUGUAUAUAAAGAUGUUUAAAUGUAACCCAGAGGUUUCCUGCAGAGCAGCUUUGAAGCUCAGUCUGUUUUUGUUGUUGUUGUUGUUGCAUCCAUCUUGACAGUGCAUGAGUCCUAGCUCAUUGAAAAAUGAGCAAAAAGGUGGAGUGUGAUCAGACCUGAGGCCAUAUAAACAAACUGCUAUAAAGCCACCUGUCUGAAAGCAGCUUCAUCCUUAAUGAUGUACAAUUUUAAUUGUAAAUACAAUUUGAAUGGGUUAGCUGUAUAAAAAUUAACUCCCUAUACUGUUGUCACAAACAAGGAAAUUAGCUAUAGAGACUAAAGCUGCUUUUGCACAAGGCUGUAAACAUGGUUAUUUCUGCUAUAAAGUUGGACAUUUUAACAUGGGAGUCUAUGGGGAUUGAUUCACUCUUGGAGCCUCAAGUGGACAUUUGAUGAACUGCAGUUAUUAGCACAAGUUGCUAGCAUUGCAGUAUUUUCUGAAUAAAUGGCCAAAAAGCAAUGAAAUAUUCAUUUGAGAUGAUGGCAUUGGAAUGGAUGGAAUUCUGUUCAAAUUUAACAGUAAAUUUGAGAGUACAUUUGAUCUUGAAGAUAAAACAUCGUCAUCUUUAACUGUGAGAAACACUGAUCAACAUUUUUCACCAUUUUCUGAAAGUUUAUCAACCGAACAACUAAUGAGUUAAUGAAGAAUAUAAUCAACAGCUUAAUCGACGAUGAAAAUAUUUGUUAGUUGGUAGUUUAAGGUCAUUAUAUUUUCUGUUAUUUAAAAUAAUUUAGAAGUCCUAGAUAUUGUUUGGAAUGUAUUAAUUUGUAGUUGCUGACUUUCCCAGCUAAACAUUCAGAUAAAGUUUGGGAAAAAUCUAGUAAUGAUUUCGUGGGAAGGUUUUUUUUUAAAUUAAGUUUUCAGAAAGUUCCUCCAUAUGUGGGGUAACAUUCUCCAAAGACAUUCUAAAAAUGUUUAGUGAUGACGAUUAUGAACCAACAUUUUAAAAAAGUUACAUCACACAAUAAAUUGAAGGAAAAUUUUAUAAUAACGCUCUGUCAUCUGAGGCCUCGAUAACAUCCUGACAACAUUUUUUUGGAAUGUUGGUUUGGGAACGUUCUUUUGUCGCCAUGUAACACGAUGACAGCAUCCUCAAAACAUGCUCUGAAUGUAGCAGCGGUGUCUAGUUAAGCUUUAACUUCGUUAUUUAAAAAAUCUGUGAAAAUACUCCACAAAAACUAUGAAAAUCUGGCAGCAAGAUUGGCAAAAAAAAAUGUAAUGAGUUUAGAAAAAUAUGUUAGCUUUUUUAGCGGGUGGAGGAGGGUCACCAGUUAUAAAAAUCCACAGUUUCAGCCUGUAAAUGAAUAAUUUUUUGUGUGAUUUUACCAGAUUUUAUCAAUAAUUUUAACCGAAUAGAGAAAACUGUUUAAAUUUUAAAUUAAUUUGAACAGUAUUUUCAAUCAUUGAUUUACAUAUUUUUUUCUCUCAGUUAAAGGAAAACAUAUUUAGAAUUUAUUAAAAUACAGAUUAUUGAUAUGAAUGUUGUUUCCAGCUUCAUCUAUUGCUUUUUGUUUGGGGUUUUUUGUUGAUUUCUUUUGUUUGUUUUUUUUAAUUUAUAGAUUUCACUAUAUAUUGUUUGUAAUUUAUCAAACAAGAGAAUAAAUCUGUAAAUUACUUUUUUCUUUCUAUUUUUCAAUUCUUAAUAUGUUUAAAGUCUUACAAAACAUUAAACAAUUCACAACAAACAUCAGUUUAAAAUGUAUACAUAUAUAUGGGUCAUUCCAUGAGGUUUCACCAGAUGGUGGUUGCUGCACCAUUUUCAAAUUAGUCCUAAAUUUGCAUGCCAUUAGAUAGUUACAAAAGUACUUUCUAUGCAAAAUUGUAGGCCUGUAGCUCAAAUAGUUUCUGAGUUGUGGGGGUCUGAAAUUUUCAGAAUUUGGGCUAUAAAAAACCUUGCCAGCGUUUUUUGCAUCUUUAAGUGGUUAUUUCUCAGCCUCUAGACAUACCAGAAAGCUGUGAGUUGGUAAACAAGGCCUCUGCAUGUAGCUAGUGCCCCACAAACAUCCCCAGGUGUUUCCCUACACUCUGCAGGCCAUGGGGGCUUCCUAAAAAUUAAGAGAUACCUACUCACGAGUGGGAUUUGGGACCUUAAAAGUAGUAGAAAUACUGCACAGGAGUGUUCUAACACCCCCUGGGUUCCAUUCUACACAAACUUGUGUGAUAACUUAGCAAACUGGAGCUUUCUAGGUACCUCAGUUUGGAAAAUAUGAGCUCCCAAAGUUGGACAAGAUUUUAAAUUGGCUAUUUUUGGUGGCAAAAAUCUCAGUGUGGGACAGGUACCAGAGACCCCAAAUUUUUCUACAAGACAGUUCCAUCUGUCUUCUGUCACUGUACAAAAAAGCAGCUGGGUUAUAUUUGUAGUUACUGAGAUAUUCUUACUCAAAAUGGCAUUGGUAAUGUCAAAAUUUUUUUUUGCUUUUCAGUACUUUAAAGCGGGAUACAAGUAUUAGUAGUCAUUCCAGUGGUAGUAUUAUGUAUGUUUUGUUCUUUUUGAAAUGUUAGUUGUCAAAGGUGACUACCUUCAAAAAGUGUUCUUUUUUUAAUGAUUUCAUAAAUGUUUUCUCUCGUUUUUCUUUUAAUAAUUGUUGUCAUCUUCUGUCUUAAUGUCUUUGUAAAGCACUUUGAAUCACCUCGUUGUUGAAAUGUGCGAUAUAAAUAAAUUUGCCUUUGCCUUUGCCUUUAA